GAAAUGAAACUUAGGGAAAGCAGCCGGAGCGGGGAGGUAACCUUGCAUUGAGCCCUCCCUGUUUUUGUCGAGACUUCAUAAGGAGUCAAAAUUUCUUUACCAACUUUACUGCCAGGAGUUGCACCUUGAAGGACAGCAGCCAGAGAAGGUAAUGUGCUUUAAUUGAAUUUUUAGCACAGAUAGCACAUUUUCAUGCAAGAAACUAUCAGGAAACAUCUUCAAACGCUUGUAGAUUUGCUGAAAAAACAAGUUUGACUCUCUUGUCUCUUGGGUUUUAUCACACUAAUUUAAAGCACUGUCCAUCAAAAAGAAGAUGUGUCUUUUAUUUCUGCUUCUUUGUCUUUAUAUCAGGUUUUUAACCCUGGUGUCUGAAAAUGCUCCCACAUCGAAACUUGUGCAUGCUGUGGCUUUUGCUACUUCUCUCUGUGUCUGGGAGUGCAUUCAAACUGAACCUGUUCAGUAAGUAAAACAAGUCAAACCUGUUAAAACCUUGAAAAAUACCUACUGUUUUUUUACUCAUAAUCUGUGCAUUGAUUUAUCCUGCACAGGCUCGAGUUUAUCUAAACAUUUAUGUGACCUCUCUGUGUCACGGCCUCGUGUUUGCAUACAGAGAGGACCCCUGGGCUGCAGGACGGCGAUGUGAGGCUGUUUGGCUCUGGGAGGGAUUCAGAGGGCCGUGUUGAAGUCUAUCACAAUGGGAAGUGGGGAACAGUGUGUGACGACGGCUGGGACAUGGCCGAGGCCCAGGUGGUGUGUCGUCAGCUUGAAUUUCCUGGAGCCAAAUCUGUUGUCACUGGGAAGGACUACGGACAAGGUGCCCUCCAGUUUCACUGCUCCUCCACCAGGGGGCAGUGAAAUAGUUUUACCCACUGAGAGGUUGUGUUUGAAUGAACCCGGUACAACAAAUUCAGCCACAGCAGAAGUGUCUGAUAAAUGCGUUUUUCUACUUAAUGCCAUUUACAGAGUUAUCCAAAAGGAUAACUAAUAUACAUUUAGACAAAACUACAUUAUUUAAGAGUGUAAGAGUUCAUGUGCUUGUUCCAAAAAAUGUUGGGACGUUGUGUAAAUGGUCAUAAAAUCAGGUUUCAUUUAAACUGCAUAUUUUGAAAAGGAAAAAUCACAAAAUUAGUGAUUAAAAGUUUAGAAAUUUCAUCAUCUAAAGUAGUUUUUAUAAUUAAGAGAGACACCUCGGUUUGAAAGGGAUAAGACUGGAUGACUGUGAUCUACAGGUUUAGGCAGACUCUGUAGUGGAAGUCACUGCAUGGGCUUAAAGGGAUAUUCCGGUGUAAAAUUAAUUUAGGGUCAAACACACCAAUACACCAAGUUAGAAACCCCCUCUAGAGAUGAAUGUUGCCGACCGCUUGCUUUUUUAGUUAAACCAACUUUAGAAACGACCGCACAAUAGCAAAACACAGUGGUCUGAGGAGCCAUAAACAAACCUCAACCAAAACACCACUCUAUAGCCACAAAUAAUGUUCAGAACAGCACCUAACUUCAUCAACAGUACAUAUAGGGUCCCAGUUAUAUUACUAGCCAUCAUACAUCUUUUUAACUUUGCCUAAUUUCUUUAGCAAAGAGACUAAACACAACUCACCUACUCUCUUCCAGCAGCUUGUUUGUAGCAAGACUUCAGGCAAGUAUAUUAUGGACAACUGCGGGGUGACACAGCUCAAGGAAGAACAUUUAUGAUCAUUACUUCAUAGAAAUGAGACGCUAAGGCAGAAGAACUACCGUGUCUACAAUGCGAAAUGAUUAAUAUGGUGAUUAUUACUUCAAGGAAAUGAUAAAGUAAUGAUCAUUAAUGUUCUUCCUUGAGCUGCGUCCCCCUGCAGCAGUCCGUAAUGGACUGGCCCGAGGUCUCGCUACAAACAAGCGGCUGCUGGAAGAGAGUAGGCGAGUUGUGUUCAGUCUCUUUGCUAGAGAAAUUCUCUUGAGGGGGUUUCUAACUCAGUGUUAUGGUGUGUUGGACCCUAAAUUAAUUUUACGUCAUAAUAUCCCUUUAAGAUUGAUCCAGAAAUGCAGACUAGAGCCUUACAGUUUGGUUUGUAUCAUUUUCAGCUUCAACACAUUUAAAACUGAACAUACGGUGUAAUAAAGAGUCAUGGUUGAACUGAAAUCGACAGAAUCAACAUUUAUUUCUGCUCGUUUUAUCUCUUGUAGCUCCUGGACCCAUUUGGCUGGAUGAUCUUGACUGCAAAGGCACCGAGAAUUAUCUGUCAUCUUGUUCUUUCAAAGCCUGGGGACUGACCGACUGUUCGCACAAAGAGGAUGUUGGUGUUGUUUGUGAAACAUACGGUACGUGGUCUGACGGAGGUGUUCUUAAACUGAACAGAUUUUGACACCUGUGUGCCAAGAUUAAAAGUCUGAAAAAUGUUGUGAUUCCAGGCAUGAAUACGACCGUUGAUGAUACCGUACACGAGCUCGAUCACAGCAUCAGCAUGUCCGAUGAGCUCGGCCAAAUCUUUGACAGCAGGAAGGGCUGUGAUUUUCACAUCUUAGCUCAGAGUGCUACUGGAAACAAAAACGAGGAUGGGACCCUUGAGAUGGUUGAGACGGAUAUUUGUGCGCACAGAUUGAUCCUUUCACAGUUUCCACUUUUCAACGCUUCAGAUGACAGCCCAAGUAUCACAGUCAGUAUGAGUCAUUCAUGCCAGCCACAUUUCACCUCCUUAAUCAGGUAAACUUGAAUUACUUUAGCCUAUUUGUUUUUUUAAAAACAAUUAAAAUGUGGAAAACGUAUUUAAAUAAUCAUAAUUGCGUUAUUUUUUUUUUUUUAAUAGGUAUAUUUACACUCGCAAAAUCGACGUGACCUUCACUUCUGCCCAGUGCCUCCACUGGAUGGCCUCAAAGUUUGGGAUGAAACAGCUGAUGGAGGACACAGGCCGGCUGUUCUCCAGAAUCCUCCCAGAAGAUGCCUCGUUUCAAACCCAGCUGUCCCUGUACGAAUAUGCAGAGGAAACCGGGGACUUGGUCCUUCAGGAGAACUGUAUUCAGUAUCUGGCCUGGAACUACGAAAAUCUGACCGCCUCCCCUGUUUGGACCACCCUCCCUGUGCAGCUCCUUGGGGCUAUUCUAUCCCGCUCAGACCUGGUGGUAAAAGAUGAAUAUUUCCUGCUACAGACUGUUGAAAAUUGGAUCGAAGAGAACAGCAACUCAACCAGUUUGGAGGCCCAGCUGGACUUGCUGAACCGCGUACGCUUUCCGAUGAUCCCUGUUGAGAACCUGUACGAUCUGGAGAUCAACUCUACUCUCUACAGCACAUUUACGAAUGUGUAUCGUGAAAAGACAUUGAGAGCAUUUCAAUUUAUUUCUCUCCCACUGAGAAAGCUCCAGUCUAAUCCAAAGUUCACUCUACAAGGGGACGAUUACAAACCCAGGAUCUACACCUCUGAUGCAUGGAGCAUUGGUUUAUCUCCAUCAAAUCAAGUCCAAACACGCUAUAAAUCUUCAGACAGAAGAAAUCGCUAUGGCUAUGAAUAUGACUAUCGCUACCGUCCCACUCCCAGUCCGUACGGUCAACUCGCUGGAUCCUUCACCACAUCUUUCCACUACAGCCUGAUGCUCAAGGGCCAAAAUAUGAACUGGCAGGCGAACAUCUUCACAAAUCGACAUGACUGUUCGAACUGGGGUAUAAGGUGCGAGUCCUUCCCGGUGGCGCGUUUUCGCAAUAACUACAGCCCGCCAAGCAACAUCGUCUUCAACAACCGGCUCGUAAUCGUGUGCGAAAACAAGUACGUCUUUCAGGUUCAGGACUUCAAGGAGGAUCUGGCUUAUAUCUCGAAGAGCAAUGAGACCCAGACUACCUACCCCUGUCCUGAUGGCCAGUACUCGUACCGCUUUGUCGUGAGACCGCUUCUAAUCAAUUAGUCUGCAAAUUACUGAGAAUUUUACAAUCAAACUGCGAUGUAAUCUUUAAACCUAUCAAAGAGCAGGGUUCGAACCUGCUCUUUUUUUAAGCGUCUAAAUAAUUAAUUGGUUGAUUAAUUAUUAAGUUACACAAAAGCUACUCAAAGUCUACCACCAGCAAGCCGCUGACAGCGCCAAGGACUUCAAUUUCAAAACGCCACUCACUGGAGCUUGCUGUUUCCACGGUUACAAGAGUUGUCCAGGGAUAGCGCAUUUGGUUUUUGCACAUUUGGUUGCCGACAAAGAUGCACUCAGAAGUUCCGCCCCUUCUUGAUUCUAAUUGGUGGAUGAUCAGAAGGUGAAAUUGAUUGACAAUGACAAUGACAUUAAUGUAGUUUUAACUAUAGACUGUACGAUUACUGGACGUAGCAAACAACAAACAUAUACUGUAUCCUCUGCCCACAUAUGCCGUAUAAAAAUAUGGUCAUUUUUUGAGUAGUAUGUUAAGUCUGUAGGCCAAUCAUGUGAUUAUGCUUUCUUUUGUAUUAUUUACUCUCACCUGUUUUGAUUAAAUGCUGAUCAAUAAAAGUGAUUCCCAGAUAAUUUUCUGUGUGUUGAUAGAGAUUUGUGCAUCAAAGUUUACUGCUUUAUAACCCAAUUUCUCCUUUACAAGAACAUUAAUUGUUAAUCAGUCCAUUGUAAACUAGCUUGAAAGACUCAAUCACCAUGGUUACAAUGUUUGGUGGACAAUAAGGUGGGAGGAAAUGGGCAUAUUAAGUGUAAUGUAGAGGUCAGAUUCUUUAAAAUGCUCCUUUACUCACCCCUUCUGUUCCAGAAACCAUGGUGGCCUUAAAGGUGGGGUAGGCAGGAUCUGAGGAAGUGCCAGUUUUGGGGAGAAAUCUUGAAUGUAAACACGACCCCUCCCAACCAGUUUUCCCCUCAGCUCCUCCUCUCCCCUCCCUCUCUGCUCCAGGAAGCCCCACCCACAGACAAACACUCCUGCUCGCUCGUAUCGUUUCAAUUAAAUUCAGAUAUAAUGCAGAUAAAUACUUCAGAUAAUUACAAAUGGGGCCCAGUCAAUGUGAAAGUAAAAAGCAUUGGUGCUACUGUAGAUGCCAACAGACUACCAGCAAACACAAUGUUUGCAGGACUUCUACAACUAGGAUAAAGUGACGUAGUCCAGGACCCGAGGGAGGACAGUUUAGCGGCACUACAACACGCAGCAGAAGAAACACUUCUGUUACAGACACUUGGCUUACUUUGUUAAAGCAGUUUACCUGUCCAGCAGAAAGGUUACAGGGUCUGUAAGAUCCCAAAGCGUCCCCCAUCCUCCUUUAUAAGCACCCAUUAUUCCGCCAGAGUCUCCGGUAUUUACUUCGUUUUCUUGCUUGUGUCGGCAGUCGUGGCCAAAGGAGGAUUCAGACAAUUUUCCGUACUUUCUGGUUGGUUUCUACUGUCCGAUAUUGUGGCACGCUAACUUUGUUUGGGCUCGUGAACGAUACGGGGAAGCAGUGUCUGCCUCACAACCAAUCAGGUUGGGGGAGGCGGAGAAUGGCUUCGUUCACAGUCAGAAAGAGCGGACCGCUCUAAAAAUUUAAAAUGUUGACAACACAGACAUAACAAAACACAGCGAUAUCAUUAUAUUACCAAAUGUCAUCAAUAACUAAUAACUGUUGACUGAUAUUAAAAGCCUUUUUUUAUAGACACCACAAAAAAGAUGCUUCUUUAAAGGAUUCCUGCCUACCCCACCUUUAAAGGAGAAGCUCCUGAAAUGUAUGAUAGGUAUAACCCACCAUUUGUCAAGUUUUUACUCACAAAUUGCUUUGAACGUGACAUCCACAUUGAUUUUAAUCAGUGUUACAGCUAGUUAAAAACUCCUCAUUGAGGCUUUAAGGUGUAAAGAAGCUAAGAGACUUUAUUUGCCAAAGUUAUGCUAUAUGCUAGCAUGCUAUAUAGAUCUCCUUUUAAGGAAUCAUAUGUGAGCAAAGAGGUGAACAAGCAUAUUGAGAAAGUCUGUUCUCAAAGUUGUGUUUUAUCAGGUCUUUCAUCAGUUUUUCUAUGUAACAAGUCAUGGUUCGUCAUCAGACUUCUCUUCCAUGGAAUAAAAUCCACAAACUUAAAACAAUCUGUUUUAUUUAGCUUUAUCAGAUAAGGUGCAAAAGAAAGGAGUCUGAUUUGUAAAAUGCUUGUGAUUAAGAAUGAUGGAAGCUUUCUCCUCUUGAGUCAUGGAAUCUUCCCGAGCUAUUUCACUCUCCCCACACGCCAGACUGUCUUCAAGUCUUCCUGCAUUUUCUCUUACACAAUAGACGGUCUCACUUUGACAACAUGCAGGCUUACAUGCCCGGGCAGGUGGGUUUAACAGACACAUACUAUAACACUCAGUGACUCAUGAGUUUUCUGAGAAGAGCGUGGGCAUGUAUCAGUAACAAAUGAUGCCAUCACAACAGAUAAUUGAUUAUUUGUAAAGGUCACAUGAUUGCUGUAUAUUUAAAUAUGACUCCUCUGCACGCACUCACGCUCAAGUGUUGCAUAAACACAUAACGGUUUACUUGGUACAAUAGCUAUGAUUCAUCUGCAGGUAAUCUUGUGUCACCCUCAUGAGGGAGGAGAAAGUAGAGAUGUUCAUCAUACCGUAGACUUGUUUUCAUGUGAGAAAUAUCUGGCUCCUCU